AUGUACAUAAUGUAUUAUUUGAAAUACGGUCUGAUAUUGCUGGAUUCUUGGCCCGGGGUGGACUCGGCGAAACUUUGCAAUGCGCUCGUGGCCCUGAGCUGCGCGAGCCUGUGCUUUCAAUUUUGGGAUGCCGCGGCCGUGUUUCACGAUCUGGACGCUCUGCUGACCAACAUGGAAACGUCCAUCGGCGUUCUUUCAAGCGUUUUCAAGAUCGUCACGUUUCGCAUGCAGAGCGCGUCUACCAAAAAAAUGGUAAAAAUGUCGAUCGAAGAGCACGUUGAAAAAAACGCAGCAAAUCCAAACUCGAAAACUGGCAAGUCGAAGAGCAAUAACGAAAACGCAGUGAAAUUAAUUCUACAAAUUCUGUUUGUAUCCUACUUUGUAUUGGGUCUAUCCUAUCCGGCAGUAUCGUUGGUAUCCUACGCCCUGGGCUCGUCCGAGGAGCGGGUUUUUGUGCUGCCGUCGAUGUACUUCAUCCCGUCGCCUCGGGAGUCUCCGGCUUUCGAGCUGCUCUGGAUUUAUCAGUUCGUCGUGGUUUUAUUUUCAGUACUAGGACAAUGCAUCGCGGAUAGCUCUCUGAUUAUUUUGAACUUGUCUAUUGAAAAUGAUCUUCGGGAAUGCUCGUUUUACAAUUUUCAAGAAAAGGAGCAGAAUCUUGUACGCUACAUGCUCGUGAGAGCGCAAAAUUCGAAUACUUUAGAAAUCGGAAAAUUUGGCAAUCUUUCGCUUUUCUCUCUAACUAUGGUAAAGUUGGAUUAUUUCAAUGCCUAG